AUGAGCUGGCCUACUCAGCGCAAGUCGCGCAAACGAAUUCGCCUGUUCCCCGGCCUCUCUGGGGGUGCAUCUGGCCUUCUGCCGAGUACAGCAACAAAGGCGUCAAGCUGCUUCUUCUCCCCGUUCCCUGGCGAUCUGACCAGACCCUUCGUCUUUGGGAAGGCUGCGUUGUCAACGACCUUGGGCCGGGAAGAGACAGACCAACGCCAGGACGCAGACAAGUCUAGGCAGCCAGAUCAGUUAGCCGACAUCCUUCGCAAGGCUUUUCAUGGCGAGUCUUUAGACGACAUACAGAAGAGGUUAAAACGCAAGGCAUCUGAAACCGAGGUUCCCGCUGUCGUUGACCCUGUCGAUUCGUCUCAGGAUGCACCGACAACGAGCGAGGAUUCUGAGCGCCAUGACGCCUCACCCUCGCUUACGAAGCGCCUUCGUAAACUAUGGUCGGAGUUUCCGCUCUUGCCUUGGAAAUUUCGAUGGCGGAAGCGCUUUCUGGAAGAGAUGCUUCGACGCGACGGGCGCGCCGAAGCAUUACGACUGACGCACUGCCCUUCGUGCAAGAAAGAAGGAUUUCCUGACUACCGAUGCGACGAUUGUCGAGGCGCCGACUUAUGCAAAGACUGCAUAGUGCACUGGCAUCGCUACACGCCUCUGCACAACAUAGAGGUACGUCGCCCCGGCCCGUCAUCAGCACGAACUUCGAAGCCGCUCAACUACGGCCUACACUCGCAGCGUUUCAACGACUCCAAGGGUUUCUACGAGCGCGUCGAGCGUGCUGAACUCGGUAUCCGCGUUCAACUUCUCCAUAGACCCGGAGAAAUAUGCGACUUCCGUGUUCUGCAUGCGGUUGAACGGUUCACCAUCGUCCAUACCAACGGAGUGCAUAAAGUACCCGUCGACUUCUGCGGCUGCGAGCUUGGGCGCCAUGUUCCUUAUCACAUACAGCUUCUACGCUGGGGAUUUUGGCCCGCUACAUGUGAGAAUCCUCAAACGGCAACCACGGUGGAGGCGCUGGAUCUCUUUACUCGACUCUCUUUGCUCGGUCGACUAAAUGUAUACGACUUUUAUCGAGCAUUAGAGGCGGGUACAGAUGGAGCUUUGUUGAAGGGCCUUGCGAGCGUCCGCCAGCAACUGUCCAACUGCGUGCGACAAUUCCGCCACAUCUUGAUGUUCAAACGAGCAGGACGAGGGCAUGAGGAAGGCGGCAUCGCCGCCACGCCGCCCGGCGCGGCUGCCGUUCUAUGUCCUGCAUGUCCUAACUUUGACAUGAACGUCCCUGCUGAUUGGGCGUUGAGUCCUUUCCGCUGGUUGUAUCGCGUUAUCUUGGCACUGGAUGCGAAUUUCAGGCUUGCUAACAAACUCACUCGAUCCACGACUCAAACAGACCCGAAUCUUACUGAUGGUCGAGCGUACAUGGCUCCUUGGGACGAUUAUGCAGCAUACAUCUGCGAGACGGACAAAGAGAUAACUGAACAGUACGGCGACUGCUCGCGUUUUGGAGCGUUAUUUCUCGCGAAUAUGAAAGGUGGUAAGGGUCUCCGGACUACUGGUGUGGCCGGUUGUUUUUGUGCCCGUCACGAAUUUGUGAUGCCCCUGGGCUUGGCCACGUUGCGCGUCGGUGAGCGGUUCAACGUUAUCGACUACAUCCUGAGCGGUGCGAUGUCCUUCAUAAGAGCUCCUGAGGUCACGGUGUCCUACGACGUGGUCUGCCAGUAUAGUAAGAGAUUGAACGAACGUCUCGGCAAGAUCCGCGGGGUUCGGGUUGUAUGGACCGGAGCUCAACGGCUACUCUCGCUGGCCAAUUCUGGUGCGCUUACAUACGUUGUGCCCAAGUUCCACUUGUACGCCCACAAAGUCUGGUGCCAGAUACGCCUGGCCUACCUUUGGUUACGCGGCACGGGCUUGACCGACGGCGAGACCCCGGAGCGCGCCUGGGCGGGCGCGAACCCUGCAGCAGCGAGUUUACGUGAAAUGGGACCGGGCGGCAUGAACGACGUCAUGGACGACAUGGCAGGUUCAUGGAACUGGAGAAAACUUUGCGAAAUUGCCGACUCCCUAGUGGAACGCAUGGAGCGCGCUCUUCAUGAAGGCUUGACGCAAACGGCUAUCUUCACAGCGUUCACGGAGGCGUUGGAAGAUCAAGACGCUGCAAGGCUGAGAAAAGAACGCGAGCGCCACGCGCUCUGGGAUAGCUGUGAUCAGUCCAAGGCGAAUGACCACGCUUGCCCUUAUCAUGUUAUCAAACAGAACGUAUCCAUUGCUCAGAUCAGACGCAAGACCGAGGAGGCGGCGGGAUCCACUCAAAGAACUGCUGCGGAGGGGCGAUUGGAUGACGAAGUCGAGUUAGCGCGUCUUCUACUGAAAGGGCUUCACAUUGAAGACGAACGGCAACGGAUCUCAUCCAAGUACCAACUAGAGGGGGGUACAGAUAAGCAGGCGACGUCGACGACGCAGGCCAUGAACAACUUGGUGCGCGCCAUCGUUAAAUUUCGCGAGGACCAAGAGCACAUCAUGCCGGCGACAUACGCUACGUUGACUUCAGAAGAACGUGAUCCCAGUCGAAAAGACGCACUAUCCGUCGAUUUGUACAUGCCCUCUAGCCCGCCUGACGGCGAUCAGGCUCUCGUCUCUGCUGCGGCUCGUGCGGUGGAAGCUAAACUUCGGUGGGCGUCCAUGGCGGACGCAUUGGACAACCUACGGCAUCAGCUACGUCUUAAAGGCUGUCUUAACAGAUUCAAGAUCGCCAACAUCACCGGCCAGCGAGCAAAUACGCGCGCACGCACUGCUCAGGCAGCCGUAGACGCCAACGUCAAAAGGGACGCCGAUGCGUACCGGCGUCAUCGUAGCGCAUAUCUGGCAAUCAUGGGUCGUGGAAAGUGGGAAGAGACCAUGCGAGACCUCUUGGUAUCGGACUGCCGUGCUUUAGGAGAUCGUCUCCUCGAACAGAUCGAGGGCAUGUCCGAAUACGAAGCGCAAAGGUUUGUUAUGGAGAGAAAGGGCUCUUCAUCGUCGGGCGACACACAUCACGAGCUUCCUUGGAUUUGGUUUAGUUCGACGUCUGAAUCAGGCCUGGAGAUCACCGACGAGCUUUUGGUCGAGUGGAGCAAGUGCCGCGCGCGGGCCAUGCACUGGGUGGAGGAGGUGCGCCUGCUUGACGCCGAGAUGCAGCGUGUACUGGACUUCAACAAAUCUAUGGCGUUGAUCUGGGAACGACGUGUGGCGCCGGAGCUUACAACUAUACUGGGCGACAAGGACAAGGCGUGGGCGCAGGACGCAGCUUGGGCUGAUGGCGUGCGCGCUUAUGCAUGCAAGCAAGCGUACAUUCGUAGGGCGCAGGCUGCAAAGUGGCGCAAGCAGUUCGAAGAGUACCGGACGGACGCGGCAAGGUUUCUAGCGGUGCACACAACAGAGGGAAUUUCCAUCGACCCGCUUUCAAUGCUUACGUCGGAGGAAGUGGACGACAUGACGGCGCGCGCAGAUCGCAGGAAGGAGAAACUUGCGAAGGCGAAGCGGCCUAAGCGACGUGCGUGGGAUGCAAACGGCGACGAGAUUGAAGGAGGGCUUGACAACGACGAUGAAGACGUUGACGCUAUGGUCGUAUCAGCGCCAGCCAAGCCCACGGUUAGCAAGCAAGGCAAGGGAGGUAGAUCGGCAAGGCGCAGGGGGGGGAAGGCUCGGGCGUCAAAGGCAAAGAGCAAAGAUUAA